UCUGUCCUGUAUUGUGUUGGAAGGUGGCCUGCUUUCUUUGGGUUUUCUUUCUUGGUUUUCUUGGUUUGGUUCGGUUGUGCAUUCGAGGGGUAUAUCUGCCUCAAAUCCAUCGAAUAUUAUUUCUCCACUAAAUCCUCUCUUUGUGGCUGCAAACCCUUCUCCAAAUUUUCUCCUUUUUGUCUGUUUGCCAAGCUGUUCUUCCCCACCUCCCUCUCUCUCUCUCUACAAACCCCAAGCCUCUCAAUCUGACUUUUUUUCUUUUCUUCCUUGUUUCUUUUGCUACAGAGAGAAUAUCCAUUUGGGUUUUCCCGAUAAUGACCUGAAUGGAUUGAUUAUUGAUUGAGUGUCUUAUCGCCUCUGCAACCCAUAAACAACCAUGCAACAUUCAAGUGUGAGUACUCAACAACCUGGUAAUGUGUUUAGUUUUGUAUCCAAAUUGAGUCACUUUGCGUUUGAUUCUAGGUUUGACAGCCUGAUUUCUGAUGGGUACUCUUCAAUUUCGCCUAAUUACUUGUACUUUGAUGGAAUUGGAGGUUGGGUUGGUGAGAAGAAACCCAAGUCUAACAAGGUUGUGGCUUCACUGAGUUUGAGUAGUAGAAGUGCUUCUAGUAUUCGAAAACUUAUCAAUGAGUUCAAUAGGGUUGUCAAGUUUCAUUGUGAGAAAAUCCCAAUUGGUUUCGCCUCAAUUAGGGUUGGCUCGGGUGAUGCUAAUGGGUUGAGAGAAGAUGGAUGUGGUGUUUUGGAGGAUGAAGGAAUACACUUGAAUGGUGUCGAAUCGGGUAGUCCUAAAAAAGUUUUAAUUUUGAUGAGUGACACUGGUGGUGGUCACCGGGCUUCUGCUGAAGCCAUUAAGGCCGCAUUCAACGAAGAAUAUGGUGAUGAAUAUCAGGUGUUUGUUACUGAUUUAUGGACAGAUCAUACCCCUUGGCCAUUUAACCAAUUGCCUAGGAGUUACAACUUCUUGGUGAAACAUGGGACUUUGUGGAAAAUGACUUAUUAUGCCUCAGCUCCACGCGUGGUGCACCAAUCCAAUUUUGCUGCAACGUCAACAUUUAUAGCUCGAGAGGUGGCCAAAGGUUUGAUGAAGUACCAGCCAGAUAUAAUUAUCAGUGUGCAUCCUCUGAUGCAGCAUGUUCCACUUCGUAUUUUGAGGGCAAAGGGUCUUUUGAAGAAGAUUGUGUUCACCACCGUAAUUACAGAUUUAAGCACUUGCCAUCCAACAUGGUUUCAUAAGCUUGUGACAAGAUGCUAUUGUCCCACAGAAGAGGUAGCAAAAAGGGCAUUGAAAGCUGGACUUCAGCCCUUUCAAGUUAAGGUUUUUGGCCUUCCUGUGCGACCAUCCUUUGUUAAACCUGUUCGCCCAAAGGAUGAAUUGAGGAGAGAACUGGGGAUGGAUGAGGAUCUUCCUGCAGUGUUGUUGAUGGGUGGUGGGGAAGGAAUGGGUCCUAUUGAGGCUACAGCACGGGCGCUUGGAAACACAUUAUAUGAUGAGAAUGCUGGGGAACCAAUAGGUCAGGUCCUCGUAAUAUGUGGCCGCAAUCAAAAGCUCACCAACAGAUUGCUUUCUAUUGAUUGGAAAAUUCCUGUCCAGAUAAAGGGGUUUGUUACCAAAAUGGAGGAAUGCAUGGGAGCUUGUGAUUGCAUUAUUACGAAGGCUGGUCCAGGGACUAUUGCAGAAGCUAUGAUCCGAGGACUCCCCAUAAUUCUCAAUGAUUACAUUGCUGGGCAGGAAGCUGGAAACGUGCCAUACGUGGUGGAAAAUGGAUUUGGUAAAUUCUCAAAGUCGCCAAAAGAGAUAGCGAAUAUUGUUGCUCAAUGGUUCGGGCCAAGAGGUGACGAACUGAAGGCCAUGUCGCAAAAUGCACUGAGGCUGGCAAGGCCAGAUGCUGUAUUUAAGAUUGUCCAUGAUCUUCAUGAAUUGGUCAGACAGAAAAGCUUUGUACCCCAAUUUUGUUCAACCUAGCUCAAAUUUUCAAACACAUUUUUGGUUCACAGUUUUCCAAUAUAAUAUAACAUAAUUGUUGGUUAAUAUGCA